AUGCUACGUAUUACUUUGUUCUUGCCAUUAUUAUGCUUUCUUCCCACUGCUGCAUAUGCGGAUGAUACGAAUGCCACCAUUAAUUCAGCUGUUGCUAGUGUUGCAAAACUCCCUACCACGAAUUUGAACAUUUGCUGCAAAGCUCUCCAAUUGGCACUCGGUUCGAAAGUCUCUUACCCAGGUUCAUCAGCAUAUAACACCUUCUCAAAUAACUUUUACUCUCAACAAGAAUCGCAAAAGUCCCCGGGUUGUAUUGUAUCACCGACAUCCACAAUAGAUGUCUCAAUUUCCGUUGGUAUUUUAUCUAUCCUUGGCAAAAUUACCAAUUGGAACCCUUCGUGCCAAUUUGCUAUCAAAUCUGGAGGCCAUGCCCCAGGUGCCGGUCAAGCCAACAUAAAUCAAGGUGUGACUAUAAACUUGAGACCUCUUCGUACCAUUACUGUUAGCGCCGAUAAAUCUGUGGUAUCUGUGGGUCCAGCAGCAACAUGGGGAGAAGUUUAUCUCAUGUUAGAUAGCUUGCAACUUACUGUUCCUGGAGGACGAGUCGAUUCAGUUGGGGUUGGAGGAUUGACCGUCGGAGGUGGAAUAUCCUAUUUCUCGCCCAGGAAAGGAUUUACAUGUGACAAUGUCAAAAACUUUGAAGUAGUUCUUGCGAACGGAAAGAUCGUCAACGCAAAUGCUAAUCAAAAUUCCGACUUGUGGGUUGCGUUGAAAGGUGGCUCCAACAAUCUCGGCGUAGUCACACGAAUUGACUUCUACGCGUUCCAGCAAGGUAAUGUAUGGGGUGGUAGUAUCAUCAAUCCAGCCUCUACCGCAAACGAACAGAUUGACGCCUUGGCCGACUUCAGCAGUAAUCCAAAUUAUGAUGAAUAUGCUUCUUUAAUCGUUAGUUUCGCGUUUCAGCCCAGUAUCGGUCCGGUAGUAGUGAACAACAUCGUAUAUACCAAGCCUGUCGUGGACCCACCAGUAUUUCAAUCCUUCACGGCAAUUCAACCUCAAUACUCAAACACUUUGAGAAUUACCAACUUAUCCGAUAUUGCCGGUGAAACAGCAGGCUCGGCUACUCAUUUACGCACACUCUUCAUAACAACAACAUUCAAGGCAAACAAACAAAUGAUCGCCGCAACCUACGACGCCUGGAACGCCUCUCUCCCAUCCAUCCAAUCCCUCGCUAACAUCACCUGGUCCCUAUCCCUCGAGCCCAUCCCCACCAACAUCCCCGCCAAAUCCAUCCCCGCAGGUGGAAACAUCCUAGGAGUAACACCCGCUGACGGUCCACUAAUCGUAGCUCUCCUAACCGCAACAUGGGGAAGUAGUUUCGAUGAUGCUAUUGCGACCACUACCGCUAAAAACAUGUUCAACACGAUUGAUACCUUUGCAAAGACAUCGGGGUAUGGUAAUGAUUGGCUGUAUUUGAAUUAUGCGGCGAAUUGGCAAGAUCCUAUAGGUGGGUAUGGAGUGGAGAAUAAAGCGAAGCUGCUGGCGGGGAGUAGGAAAUAUGAUCCUGUGGGUGUCUUUCAAAAGGGUGUUCCGGGGGGUUUUAAAUUAUUUGUUUAA